GUGAGUCAGAGGGAGGAGACUUUGACAAUGAGUGAGCUGAAGGCACAUGUUUACAAUGAUGGGGGAAAGAAGGAGAACGGAGCUGCACUGGAUCGAACACCAUGGUGCCUCAUUUGAGCAGACAAACAGCCAAGGAAGCUAACAAAAGUCACUGCGGAAGGAAACCUGAGAGGCGCAGUAUCCAGCAAUCCUCAGAGAAGAAAUAUGCAACACUGACUACUUAUCUCAGCAUUUGAUAACAUUUUGUUUCUGACUUUACUGUACUAUACCAAGUACAAUACACACUCCCUCUUCCCUAACACUGAUACAUAGCAAAAAGUCAGGAUAACUUGUAAGGACCCGUUGUUAGGGAUGACCAGUGUCCAGCUGUUGAAAUCUUCACCUGAAGAGUCUGUAUUUGUUGGCCAGCCUUCCCACCGGAUGGCAUCUCCUACUGUUCCCCACAGUGUUUUUGGUCCCUCAGCCUCCCCUCCAGCUGUCUGGCCUCCCCUGGAUUUUGCCAUGGGUGCUCUUGCCUGCUGCGCAGCCUGUGUGUUUACCAAUCCUCUGGAGGUUGUGAAGACCCGUCUGCAGCUUCAGGGAGAGCUUCGUGCUCGGGGAUCCUACCAGAUACACUACCGGGGAGUCCUGCAGGCUCUGUGGGUGGUGGGCCGCACAGAUGGGCUUCGAGGCUUGCAGAAGGGGCUCUCAGUUGGGCUGAUCUACCAGGGCGUGAUGAAUGGAGUGAGGCUUGGUUCUUACUCCUAUUGUGAAGCUCUGGGCAUCACCAUGUUCCAUGGAGGGAGUCUGCUGUCAGGGGCUGGAGCCGGGGCUCUUGGGGCCUUUAUUGCAUCUCCAGCCUACCUUGUUAAGACCCACCUGCAAUCUCAGACUGUGGACACAAUAGCUGUUGGUCACCAACAUAAACAUCUGGGAGUGUCUCAUGCCUUUGUUACCAUCUAUAGAAGAGAAGGUUUAACUGGUCUUUGGAGGGGUGUGAAUGGGGCUGUGCCUCGAGUUAUGGUGGGAUCAGCUGCUCAACUGGCAACCUUCACCUCAGCCAAGGACUGGGUGUCACAUUCUCAGUGGUGUAGUCCAAACAAAUGGCUUACAGCACUGACAGCUGCCUGCAUCAGUGGAGUUGCUGUGGCCAUCACCAUGACACCAUUUGAUGUUGUUAGUACGCGGCUCUACAACCAACCAGUGGAUGAGUUUCAUAGAGGGAGGCUGUACCAUGGAUUUUCCGAUUGUAUACUGAAAGUGUGCCAAGCUGAGGGCCUACUGGGAUUAUAUAAAGGAAUGGGUCCUGUCUUUCUGCGACUGGCCCCACACACAGUUCUCAGCAUGCUGUUCUGGGAUCUAAUGAGGCAACAGACAAUAAAGGACUACUAGAGCCAGAGAAGAAGCUAAAACACCCAAACACCUCCAAACAGUUUUCCUGAGUGCGCUCUUUAACAUGAAGCAAAAGUGUGACAUGUUUGGGAAUUUUCUUUCCCACUUUCUGGCUGGAAGUUUCAUAUGAAGACUGAUCCUAUCUGCAUAUCUGUGUGGUAAAUGCAAAGCCAGAACAACAGCUUUGAGACUGUGACCAACAACAUCUUGUAGUAUAGAGUUUCUCGACUCUGGACCAAGAAAUAGUCUUUCACUCAUCUGCCUGUAUAAUAGUGAAUUGUUGUUUCUACAUAUUUAGACAAAUUAAACAAAUGCAAAAUUACAUGUUAGCUAUGAAAUGUUGGAAAUGCUGGUAGCAGGAUUUUAAUGACCAUGUAACAAAGCCAACCGUUCCUCCAUUUUAAGUCUUUAGUUGUGGCUUUGUAUUGACAUUACAGAUCUGAGUGACGUGAAAUGUCUCGUCUAACUCUCUUCCCGAGAGCAAACAACAAGGUUAUCUGGUGCUUUGAGUGAGAUUUGUUCUGCUUCAGCAAACACAGAAGAUGGAUCAACUUUAAUGCACUUAAAAAGGAUGAAAACAUGUUGCACAAACUUUUUCAGAUACACAUUGAAAAGGCUUCUGUCGAAUCUCUGAAAUCUCUUGAUCAGGUUUUACCUUUCAAUACCUCAGUUGAUAAAUUAAAAAGCAUGUUGUUGAAUUUUACUUGUCAGCUUGUAUCAGUGCUGAUAGGAGAGUCUCAUCAAUAGUGUCAACAAGUCAGGAUGACUAAAACAUAACCUUCCUUUUCCUACUUACAAUCCAGAUUAGCUUUAUUUCUAAUAAUAAUAUUCUAAUGCUUUAUUUAAUCUGCCUUUGUCUGUUAUAUGAAAAGAAAAAAAUAUGGGAUUUUUAAAAGAUAUAUGAACCUUUGGAGUUCUUGCAAAACUAAGAAUCCCACAUUCUUGAUAUUUAACACAAUGAGUACUGCAGGUCUUUUAUCUGUAGUAAAAUAAAAUAAAGAUAUUUC